CAGGCGAAAGAGGUGAUCAGAGAGCAUCUGCAGAACCUACCGGGCCUGUCCAAAGCGAGCAGCGUAGCUAGUUACAGUGUUUUUGUUGCGAAGAUUAGAUAUGUAGCAUGUUGUUUAUUUUAACCUUUUGCAAGCCUGCGAAUACAUAAUUCACGACAUGGUUAGCGGAGGAUGGAAGCAGACGACGUGUCGGUUAGAGAGCAGAUAUUCCACGACCGGGUUCGAGAGACCAUAAUCUGUGUCCUACUUUUCAUCUGCCUGUACAUUCUCUCCUACCUCAUCAUCACUCACUUCAAGAAGAGUGCAGAGUUUGUCUCUGAUGACAGUGAAGAUGCCACUGUCAACAGGAUUGUACUGUGGCUCUGCACCUUCACUCUGUCCGUCUCCGUGGGGGCGGUCCUCCUGCUCCCACUGUCCAUCCUGUCCAAUGAGGUGCUGCUCUCCUUCCCACACAGCUACUACAUGCAGUGGCUCAACGGGUCCCUCAUCCAUGGGCUGUGGAAUCUGGUCUUCCUCUUCUCCAACCUCUCGCUAUUUUUCCUCAUGCCAUUCGCGUACUUCUUCACUGAGUCUGAGGGCUUUGUCGGUUCCAAAAAGGGCGUAAUGGGCCGUGUGUAUGAGACCGCGGUGGUCCUGCUGCUCCUCACCCUGCUGGUGCUGGGUAUUGUGUGGGUUGCAUCAGCCCUCCUCCACCACAGCACUGCUCAGGAGAGCCUGUAUGACAUGUGGGAGUACUACCUGCCCUAUCUAUACUCCUGCAUUUCACUGUUUGGAGUCCUGCUGCUCUUGCUGUGCACACCCUUCGGACUCCUGCGCAUGUUCAGCAUUACAGGGAGUCUUCUGGUCAAGCCUCGGCUUUUGGAAAACGUGGAGGAGACAGUCAGCUGUGCACUGUUUGAGGAGGCUUCUCUUUCCAGAAAACUGACCAAGGGAGCCUCCUGUUGGAUCAACUUGAACGUGGAGGCUGUGAAGAGGCAGUUUCUCAGGGUGCAGGCCCGGCGCAUCGCUCUGGAGAUGAGGAGGAGGGCGUCGCCAUGGCAGCGCAACCUUGGCUACCCGCUGGCCAUGCUCCUGCUGCUGGCUCUAACGGUGGUGUCUGUGCUGAUGGUCUGUUUCCAUGUGCUGGAGCUGCUCUUUGAUGAAACUGCCAUGCCCAGAGGGAUGGAGGAUCCCCACCUGGGCACAGCCUCCUUCUCUAUGUUUGGCUCUCUGGGUGCAGCAGUGCAGGUCGUUCUCAUCCUCUAUCUGAUGGUGUCGUCUGUGGUGGGUUUCUACAGUUCGCGUUUUUUCUCAGGGCUCCUGCCCCGUACCCAGGACACUACUCUGACGCAGAUCAUUGGAAACUGCGUCUCUCUGCUGGUCCUAAGCUCGGCACUCCCCGUCUUCUCCCGUACCCUGGGGAUCACACGGUUUGAUCUGCUGGGAGACUUCGGACGGUACAACUGGCUAGGCAACUUCUACAUUGUGUUCCUGUACAACAUCAUUUUCGCUGGGCUGACAUCGGCCUGCCUCAUCAACAAGGUCACCUGGGCUGUGCAGAGAGAGCUCAUGCGCGCAUUCGGUCUCCACAAGCUGCCACUGUCUGUGUGCCGCUCUACAAUCCCCUUUAAGCUGCUCCUGGCCAACGGGCUCUCGAAGAUCCAGUGACAUGUUGCUGCUCCCUCACGUUUGUGCCUCAGGACUGCAGAAGACUUGGAACCUCCUGAAAACUUUUUGUAAGCUUCCCACUGGACCAGAGGCACCUUGUGUGGGGUGUCCAUGAGCCUAUGUGAGCACAAGCUGUGAAAAUGGAGGAACAGAAGAGAAUGGAGGAAGGCAUCAUGCUGUUGACCUGAGGAAAUGUGAAAUUUGGCUACUGUACAGUAUCAGCUGAAGUGAUUGGAGGGAGUUUGGGACCUGACCAGCCCAGGUUUACCUUUGGGACCAAGUGUGUUCAUUUCCUUGUUUAUGGAGGCGGGUGUCAAGAUCCUUUGCCAAAUGGACAAUAAUGCAUAGUUAAGCAAGAAAAUAGAGUAUUGCUGUAUUCAUUCUCAGAGUUUUCCGACCUUUCACCCCAUUACCUACACCAGUGCCUUAUGGGAAAUUAAUAAUGCCUUGAGUGGAUGGGGGAGUUGACACCUGUCCAAACCCAAGUUUGUAGAUCUUUUUGGAACAUGACGUCAUGACUGUGACAUAAUUUCCCUUUCCUUCCACUGGCUGGAGUCUAUUCUUGCUUUGGCAGGAAGUUUUAACACUGGGCACUUCUUGUCUAUGGAAAGCUCCCCGCCCCAACCCCCCCACCCCCCUUCGUUACCCCCACGCCUUCCCCCUGGCUACAGCACUAUUUCUGUUGCCGCAAUCACUCCUGUUAACCUUUUUCAUCUUUUCGAAGUGUUGUUUCCUUUUUUUGUUGUGUCUUUAAUGCCCAGUGCAGUCAUGACCUAAUUAGAAGGAGAAGGAGGGAGAGGUGUUAGCCAUUUUGAAAUGAGGGAAGGAAGUGUUAGCUGAAGUCGUCUGUAUCUUACACACAGUUGAAAGAGACAAGGGAAGAGAAUCAAGGAAUACAGUGCAAUGCGUCUGGCAUUACCGCAUAUAUCAUAAAUGUCAGUAUUUGUGCCAUUGAUAGGAUUUCAUCUGUUUUAUGUGUUCAGAGAGUGGGAAAAGCUAGCUCUUGUUUUAAUGUGUUCACAGUACAGAAUACCUGUAAUCAAAUAUUUAUCGGUGGCCAGCAACUGUAAGACCUAGUGAAAGAGUGAAGCGUUUACACUGGUGUGUGUGUGCAUGUGAGUGUGUAUGGGUGUACACGCGUGUGUGUGGGUAAACUAAGUGCAAUACUUUUAUAUGGGGAAGGUCACGCUUGGUGUGGAUAGGAUAAGGAUAUAGUUAUGUGAAGUGGAAUAUGAUAAAUGCAUGUCUUUUGUUCUGUUCCCUACAGCUGUUCUCAUAUUUAGUGUAUUCAAUUCAGUUUGGUUAUAAAAAUUUGGUUAACAGUUUAGCCGUGUUGUGCGGAUGUUGGUGGCUGUUGUGUGUGCUCAGACUUCACUGAUUCUUGCUAGCUCAGAUGAAAAAAAAAGAAAUGUGAAAUUCUACGCUAGAAACAAAUGGGAACACUUUUUAACAAGUCUCAAAGUGAACUUCAGUGACAGAUUUUUUUUUUUGCUCAGGGAGGUCUUGGACAUGACUGGUUAAGCAGUUGCAACUGGCAAAUAUGUCAAAAAGAAAUGUUUAUAUUAAACCACUAAAUUCUUUGCAUUUAGUUCAUUUAAAGUUUGGCCAAAGAGCAAAUGAUCAGUCAAACUCCUAGGCUGUGCAGGAGCCGAGCUGUAGUGUUUCACAGUAGAUAUUUAAUGUACGUCUCAACAGUUAUUACAUUGAACAAUAACAAUAACAACAUUGAACACCCACGGUUGUGUGUUCCCAGUGAUCAUUCUGACAUCAUAGUUGUUUUAGCCCCCAAAUGAAUGUCUUUCUGAGUAGCGUCUACCCCUUCUCCAUUUGCCUAAAGUCUGCAUUAACCUCCAGGCCAAUCCCUUUACUGAGUGAAUCUAUUUUACCACAUUCCAGCCUGCCUCUGGGAUACCAUGUAAAGGUGAAGUCACGGUGCAGUUGGAACAAGCUGGAUUGGGAAUUUAAAAUCAAGGAGAUUUCAUAUCAUCUUUGUUUCUUUGUUUAAAUGCUGUUCCCUGAAAUCUGGUGUGGGUGUUGUCCAUUCAGUUUAACUUCGGCACGUUGUUGCUCUAUGAAUGUAGUGAUUGGGACUGAGAUUUUUAUAAAGUGAACUCUCUGUGAAAAUUUCCUCAGCUUUGAAACCACUGAAGUUUUUGAAUAUCUUUAUCACUUUUUUAUUUUCUUCAAAAGCUCUGCGGUGAGAUGUGGAUUUGUGAAA